AUGGUUGAAAUACAAACAAAUCGAUCAAUUGAUAUAUCAAAUACGAUCAAUACAGCAAUUAAUAAUUGGUUACCUGAUGGAAGAAAUCAAUUUAAUCAGCUGUAUAAACAAUUACUUGAUGAUGAUAAAGAUAAAUUAGAAGCUGAAUUGGCAAUGAAACAAUUACUUGUUUCUUUAUGUAAAUCAUGUUUACAAGGUAGUCAAUCAGUGGAAACAGUUAUUCGAAUAUUUGGCGAACUUCAAGAAAUUGUUAUGUCUCCAUCAAUGAUCGGUGAUCUUCUAGCCGAUAUUUUUGCAACACUUGAUAUUGAAUUAUUUCCAAAUGAUGAUGUAAUUACAAAAGAUACAUAUAAACAAAGAUUUUUUCAAUUAAUUAAUAAUUCUGAACAUAUUGUUUCAACAUCAUUAUUAAUGGAACGUCUUGAAAUAGAGACAUUAGAGUAUCUUGAUUUAAUUGUUAGUCGUGAACAAUUUAGUCAAAAAUAUGUUCGAAUUAAAACUCGUCUUUAUUAUAAACAACAAAAAUUUAAUUUAUUACGUGAAGAAAGUGAAGGUUUUGCUAAAACAUUAACUGAAUUAAAUCAAAAUUUUUCCAUAACAAAAUUAACAUCCGAACAAUUAUAUGAUCGUUUAAUGGCAUUAAUUGGUUAUUUUGAUAUAGAUCCUAAUCGUAUGCUUGAUUUAGUUAUUGAAUCAUUUGAAUAUCAUCUUGAAUAUACAAAAAUUUAUGUUGAUUUAUUAAAUUUACUUCAUUUUGAUAAAGUAACAUUAUGUCAAUUAAUUGGUUUUAAAUUUCAACAAUAUCAAUUACAAGAUGAAACAGUUGAUUCACUUUAUUUAUUAGCUGCUCAACUUAUUUCAAAUAAUUUAAUUGAACUUGAAGAUUUAUUACCACAUUUGUAUCCAUUAAUAACAGAUUUUGCGGAUAAUUAUACAAAAGAAGUUGAACAAGCACGUACAUCAAAGAAAAAUUUAGCUUCAUCAUCGAAUGAUUCAAAUAAUAAAUCAAAAGAUUCAAAUACAAUAAAAACAAAUAAUCAGUUAUUACAUUUAAUUCAAGCAUUAUUACUUGUCGGUGAUUUAGAUCAUACAUUAUUUUUAUUUAAUAAUUUACCUCGAUGGUCAUGUACAUCCUAUCGAGAAAUAAAUACACUUUUAACAAAAAUUAUUACUUAUAUGAUUGAUCCACUAUAUAAAAGUAAUUCGGAUCUUCAUAUUUGUUUUCUUCAAUAUGAAUUAACUAAUCCAUUAAAUAUAAAUAUUUGUCCACGUAAUUUAAAAUUAAUAAAAACAUGGAAUGAAUUUCGAGAACAUAUAUAUCCAUUAUUAUUACAUCUUGGUGCCUAUUGUCAAGAUCGUCUUUUAUUUAUGCAAUUAACACGUUUAUGUACAAAUUUAAUUAAAAAACCAAUUCUUACUGAUGAACAACAAGAAGAUAUACUUUUAUUAAUUGAUGAAGUUCUUUUACCAAGUCUUUCAUUACUUGAUGUUAAUAGUUGUUUAGCUAUUGAAUUAUGGUCAUUAAUGAAAUUAUUUCCAUCUGAUAUACGUUAUGGACUUUAUGGACAAUGGCUUGAAGAAACAUAUAAAAAAACACCACAACUUAUGUUUAUUAAACAAGAUGUUAUAGAUAAAAGUCGAGCUAUACUCAGACGUAUUACUAAAGAUAAUGUUAAAACUUACAGUCGUCAAAUAGCAAAAAUAACACAUAAUAAUCCAAUAGUGAUACUUUCAGUUAUUAUCGAUCAAAUUCAACGAUUUGAUAAUUUUAUAUCUGUUAUAAAUGAUGCAUUAAAAUAUCUAUCACCACUUGCAUAUGAUAUUGUUUGUUAUACAAUAUUACAUGCAUUAACAACACCAACAUCACCAACAUCAAUACCAUCAUAUAUUGAUGGAAAAAUGAGUCGUGAAAAUGCAACACCAGCACAAUGGUUUCAAAAUUUAUGUGUUUUAUCAGCUAAUGUAUUUAAAAAAUAUCCUAUUGAUUUUACAUCUGUUCUUUAUUAUAUUUAUGAUCAAUUGAGUGUUGAAAAAACAUGUGAUUUAUAUUUAUUACGUGAAAUAAUAACAAAAAUGAGUGGUGUUGAAGUAGCAUCAACAGUUACACGUGAACAAUUAGAAGCUGCAUCUGGUGGUGAAUUAUUACGUAGUGAAGCUGGACAAUUUACAGCAGCAAGAAAUGUUAAAAAACCUUCAAUACGUUUAAAAGAAGCUUUAUUAGAUAAUCAUUUAUAUUUACCAUUAUCAAUUAUUAUAGCACAACAACGUAGUUGUAUUGUUUUUAAAUUUGGUGCACAAAGAAUUGAACAUUUAAAAUUAAUUGGUAGUCUUUAUGAUCAAUGUCAAGAUACAAUGGUACAAUUUUUUACAUUUUUAUCAAAUGUAUUAACAACAGAAAAUUUUCAUCAUAAAUUUCCAUCAAUUGAUGAUCUUGUACUUGGUUUUCAUUUACAAGUUGAUGCUGCUUUUCAAAUAUCAAGACCAUUAUUUAAUCUUAAUAUUCAAGCAAAAUUUGAUGAACUUCGAUCAACAGCACCAAAACCAUCGAAUAAGAUUGCUUUGAUACAAAAUUAUAUUGAUGCAGUAACAGUUGUUAUGUCACCUGUACUUGAUUUUGUUAAAACUCUUCAUCCACAACGAACAUGGGAAGAAAUGACACCACAAUUUUAUUUAACAUUUUGGUCUUUAUCAAUGUCGGAUUUACAAGUACCAGAAAUAGCAUAUAAACGACGUAUUGAAGAACUUGAACUUGAAACGACACAAAUUGAUGAACGAAAAGAAUUGACAGCAGCAAAAAAACGUAAAGAAAAAGAAAAAAUUCAUAUUAUUAUAGAUAAACUUAAGGAAGAAUUAUUUAAACAAAAAGAACAUGUUGAACGAGUACGUGCACGACUUGAUAUAGAACGUGAACAUUGGUUUAAAAAUCGAAAUAAAACCAAAGCCGAAACUAUCACUGAAUUUCUUCAAUUAUGUAUUUUUCCUCGAUGUUUAUUAAGUGAAAUAGAUGCACUUUAUUGUGCACAUUUUAUACGUGUUAUACAUGAUUUAAUAACACCAAAUUUUAGUACAAUUAUUUGUUAUGAUCGGCUAUUUUCUGAUAUAUCAUAUUCACUUGCUUCAUGUUCAGAAAAUGAAGCUAUACGUUAUGGACGAUUUCUUGAAUCAUUAUUAGAAACAGUUAUGAGUUGGCAUGGAGAUAAAAACAAAUUUGAUAAGGAAUGUGCAUCACAUCCAGGUUUUCUUACUGUUUUUCGUAAUGCUGGUAAUGCAGCAUCGAAAACAACAGGUACAACACAAACACCUGAACAACUUGAUUAUGAUAAUUUUCGUCAUGUAUGUCAUAAAUGGCAUUAUAAAUUAGCCAAAAGUUUUAUUGUUUGUCUUGAUUCAAAUGAUUAUGUACAAAUACGUAAUGUAUUACAAGUCUUGACUGUUCUUUUGCCUAUAUAUCCAAAAAUGACAACAUUUUAUGGUGCACUUGAACGACGUAUUAAAGCUAUAUGUGUAGCUGAAAAAGAUCGUCGUCAUGAUUUGUUUGCAUUAGCUAAAUGUUAUAGCGGUCGUUUAGCACAUAAACAUCGUGAUAUGAUUGAAGAAAGUCUAUUUCAUUCUGUUUCGGAACGGCCAACACCAUCAUCAACAAGUAAUAAUAAUAAUACUAAUAAUAUUGCUGAUACACAAUCAACAUCAUCGCCAACCACUCGUUCAAUACAAAAAGAUUCAUCGAAUAGUAGUAGUACAACAGCACGACCAACGAGUGAGAAAUCCACGAAUAUUUCAACAACAAACAAUGGAUCGACAACAGCACCAAAAUCAGAUUCACCAGCACCAUCAUCUCAACCAACUACAACAACAUCUCGAUCAACAACAAUAACUAAUACUGAACGAUCAACAAACAAAGUGAAAACGGAACCUACGAUCACGAGCAGCAGCAGUAGUGGUAGUAGUACGACUGCAACGAAUCCAUCGACAAAAUCGAAUCGAAUACCACAUGGUCCACCGUUGCCUUCAUCGACGACAUCGUCUAAAACUUCGGUGACAUCGACGACACAGAAUAAAACUGAACCGAUUGAAUCAUCGACAUUGACGACUGGACGUACAAUUAAAUUGUCGAAUAAUGCAAAUGAUCGUCAUGAGUCACCACAAACAUCGAUUGUAUCAACAGCACGUGAAAGUCCGCCAACAAAUAAAAAAGAUACAUCGACAACGGUCGAUAGGCGGUCUACGUCAUUAACGGCGGAACAACAAGUAUCGUCAAGUAAAACGUCCGCAUCACCUGUUUCACGUUCUACUUCGACACGCACUGUUACAUCAUCUACACGUAAUACUUCCUCUGCUGCUAUCAAUAAUGAUGAUCUGAGUCGAAGAUCGGAUCAAAUGGCAGCAAAUGGAAUGACUAAUACCUCAUCUUCUACAUCAUCGAAAACUGUACGAACCGAGUCACCUCAUGAUCCUGUACCAGAAAAACGACUACGUGGUAGUUCUUCAAAGGGCGAUCGUAGUAGUGCAUCGCAUGUGGAAGAAUCACGUAAUGGUGGUUCACGUAGUGUACAUCGUGAACAUAAACAUGAAUCAAAUAAACGUGCACGUUCGACAACACCUGAAAAACGAUCAGCAAAUGGUGGUAGUGGUAGUAGUUUAUCUCGUCGAUUAAAUCAAACAGCUGAAUCAACUUUAUCAACAACACCUGUGCAUCAAGAUAAUGAACAUAGUGGAUCAGGUAUUGUGGAUGUAUCUCCGUCAAGUCUAUCAUCGAAAAGAAUUAAAACAAGUGAUACAGUUUCAAAUGGACGAUCAACACGAAAAGAAGCACGUGAAGAUCGACAUACAAGUUCAUCAUCUUCACAUAGAGUAUCAUCAUCAUCAUCAACUCGUAGUGAUCGUCGAGAUAAAUAUCAUACAAGCAAAGAAACCAAGUGA